UUUAAUUAAAAAAGUGGCAAGGUACUGGAGAAAGAGUCAAAUUGUGACUUUGUUAUUAACACAACGGCAACGCUGUACAAAACACCCUUUUUGCUGAUUUGAAAGUAAAAAAUUUGUCAUUAAUUAUUAUACACAGACGCAGAGACAUAGAAAAAAGAUAUUCCAGUAAAUUUGCCAACAAUUCCUUGCAAAAAAAAGUUGGCUGCAUUUCCUGUCUAGUAUUUGUGUAAGUGCCUCUGUGUGCGAGUGUUUGUGUCUAAAUAUUUGUUGGGUCGUUGACGUUGGCAGCUGCUGAUUGAGAAAAAUCAAUUUUUUUUGCGGAAGAAGAUUUUUUCUUAUUCCAAACUUUUCUUGGUGCAUUAAGAGUUUUGAAAUUGAAUAAAAAAACAUAAUGAGUUCUCAAGGUAAUUGUUUUGUUGUUAUGCCACCAAAUUGUGCCACGGAUACUGUCAUCUUAGGACGUAAUGCUGAAAAUGAAAGUUUGGUGGGUGUGGCCCAAGAAGUCUUCUUUUAUGAUAAUUCCGAAUCCCUAGAGGGCAAGAAUGACUUGGUGGCAGAUGCUGCUUCAGCUUUACGUGUAAUUUUGCAAAAACCUAAACCUGGUGUCUGGGGUGGUGAUUGCGGUUCGAAUGAACGUAAUCUUAGUGUGGCCAUUACUUGGAGCAAUGAUGCUGAAUGUGAUUUAUCCGCUUUUGAUGUAGUGCGUUUGUCAUUGGCUACUGCUGAGUCCGCCGAAGCAGCUGUAGAUCGUGUGGGCGAAUUGGUCGCACAGCACGGUCAUGAUGACACCAAAUUCAGUUUAAUUGUCUGUGAUCCUUCUCAGGUCUGGUUAAUUAGUUGUGCCGGCAAAUUGUGGGCUGCUCAGCAAUUAACCUCUGGCUAUCAUCAUUUGCCCAGUGAUGGUUUGGCUGUGACCACCACUAUUGACAAAUCCAUAGAGGGUUUGUCUGAUGCUUUGAAGACUUUGGGCUGUUGGGAUGGUGAGGGCGACCUUAACUUUGCAGCCUGUUUUGACAGUUCUCCCAACUCCUCCACCGAUUGGAGUGGUGAUGAACCUUCCGACGAUGGCUCCUAUUCACUAACCAGUAUGUUCGAAACACUACGCUCUUCGGCCAACGCGGCCUCUUCACGUUCAGCCACUGUUUUUGUUUUGUGUAAUAAUGGCAUUUCAUGUCAUUGGUUUACGGCAACACCCAAUGCCAACGAAUCGGUAUUUAAACCAUUCGUCUUUGCACCACAACCCAAAAUAUCACCACUCACUAAAGUGCCAGCUGAUAAUGAAAUAACAUUAUUGCACAAAUUACAUGGACAACGUAAGCCGGCCUCUUUGGAACAUUUGAAAGCAUUAGAGGCAGCUUGUGUUGAGGAAGUUUCAGCCUAUUUGGCCGAACAUCCUGAAGUCAAUGAGGAAUUGGAUGAAUUGAUGAAGGAUUGUGUAGAAGCUGAGGUUAAAUUCUAUCGUUAAGUGAAGAAAAUUUUAAAGAAAAACUUGCUGGAAUGAAAUUAAUGUGAUGCUGAUGAUAAAAAAAACAAAAACGAUUUUUUUUUUAUACUUGAAGAAAAACGAAAACAAUUUUUACGAUUAAAAACAACACACAAUUGUCUCUUAAAACAAAAAAAAAAAAAAAAACACAAGCUUGCUGCUAAGAAAUUAACAAAAAAAAAAUCUAUUUAAUAAUUAUAAUUAAGUAAAAAUUAUAAUUAAUUACAACUUGAACAUAACUCAAGUUUUCCACAACAGAAACAGUUCGAAUUUUGUUUUUUUCAUUUUGUUUUGUUUAAAUAAUUGUUUUAUUAUAAAUCUCAGUUUAAAGUGAUAUUUUAUUAUAUUUUUUGUUUUUUUUUUUUUAUAAAAAAUGUAACUUUCUUGCAUUUAAUGGUGAUUUUAUGUUGUAACACGAAUUUAAAGUAAUUUUUUUAAAAAAUGCCAAUUUUUUUUUAAACAUUCCUUAUUUUCAAAGUAAAAUAAAAAUAUAUAGAUUAUUAUUUUUAAAUUUAAUUUUAUUUAAUAGUAAAUAAAAGACUUAAUUUAAAAAAAGAAAAAAAAACUCAGUUUAGUAGAGGAAGUUAAAAACUCUACUUACCAGCCGCUCAAUCUUAUGUUUCCUUUAUAUAAAAAUGUCAAAGUAUUAAUUUGUAAUUUGUUUUUUUUUUAAGUUUAAGUUAUUUUUACUUUUUUUUUGAUUAAUAAUUUUAUAUUUUAUAUUUACAUAAUAUAUUUAAUACUCCCUUUCUCUCUCUCUCUAUCUCUCUUAAAUUUCUUUUAAUACGUUUCAAAUUUAAAGGCGUAUUUGCCAAAUACUUGAAAAAAGUGCAUAAAAAAUAUUUAAAUAAAACUUAAAAUCUAUAACGCAGAUACAUAUUUAUAUAUUUAACUAUAUAAAGUAUAAAACCCAGAAUAUAAAACACAAAGUUUAACAAAAAAAAACAACA